AUGGCCGAGGAGUUCUGCGAGACGAACCUGAGCUCGCAUCUCGUCACGCUCAACACUGUGGCCGAGAGAAUGUUCAUCGACAGACUCAGGCGUUACAUCGGCCCCAGCGUGUCCAUCAUCUUCCUGGGCCUGAGGCGCAUGCGGAUACAGCAGGUGAAACAAAUGUACAGGCGCAUGUGGCAGUGGACUGACGGCAGCACGGCGUUUUACCUGCCGGACGAAUACAGG